CAGUGGAGGUGUGCUGGUACCAUUGCUCAACUUCCGCGUCUUCGUUGCCAGCAUGGUUGUCCGUCUUCGCCUUGCGCGCUGGGGUCGCACGCAUUCGCCCUUCUACCGUAUCGUCGCCGCCGACGCGCGCUGCCCGCGCGAUGGUCGCCACCUCGAGAUCCUCGGCACGUACAACCCGAUCGCGGCCAAGGACGGUGUCAAGGAACUCCGCGUGCACAACGACCGGGUAAAAUACUGGCUGAGCGUCGGCGCGCAGCCGAGCGACCGCGUCUCGUUCUUGUUGGGCCUCGCCAACGUGCUUCCGAUCCCGCCGUCGCGCGAAUACACAAAGAAGAGCAAGAGCAAGCAGGCCGACAAGUAACGCGACCCUUCUCCAUAGUGUGCGCGCUGUCGUCGCGCCCAUCAUCUCUUAAUAGACCUCUUCUUCUGCCACA